GGGGCGGAAUGUGAGUGGGUGAUGUCACAGAGGCUGGGGGCAUCUGGAACCCGGAGGGGUCCUGGCCUCGGCGCCAUCUGCCAGCCAGGCCGCCUGGUAGGUCUGUUCCUCCUGAGACCGGCCUUCAGGGACACGAUGCCAACGCGCCGGCCGCCGGGAGCCGUUCCCGCCUAGGGCCGCCCGGGUCCCAGCCACUGCGCUCGCCUGCCUCUGAGCCUCCCCCUCCAGCCACUUCCAUCCCCGCCUGGCCCCGGAGAUGCCCACAGGCCUCCCGCCUGCCAUCCCCGGCGGGACCUAGUCCGCUCAGAGCAGGCGGAGGAGGGCGGGCGGGCGGGCAGGCCAUGGGGCGGCCGCCGCGGGCGCUGGCCCCGAGGGCGGUCCGGGCCUCCCUGGUCCUGCUGGCGCUGCUGGUGCCCGCGCAGGCCGUGGUGCGCGCCGUGCUGGACGGCAACGCGAGCACGGUGGACUUCGCCGACCUGCCGGCCAUGUUCGGGGCGCCCCUGGCCCCCGAGGGCGUGCGGGGCUACCUGAUGGAGGCCAAGCCGGCCAACGCGUGCCACCCCCUGGAGCGCCCGCGGCGGGCGGGCAACGGCUCCCUGGACGCCAUCGUGCUCAUCCGCCGCUACGACUGCACGUUCGACCUGAAGGUGCUGCACGCCCAGCAGGCCGGCUUCAAGGCCGCCAUCGUGCACAACGUGCUCUCGGACGACCUGGUGCGCAUGGCCCACGUGUACGAGGACCUGCGGCGCCAGAUCUCCAUCCCCGCCGUGUUCGUGAGCGAGGCCACCUCGCAGGACCUGCGCGUCAUCCUGUGCUGCGACCGGUCCGCCCAGGUCCUCCUGGUGCCCAGCUACCCGCCGUGCCCGGACCUGGACUGCCACCCCGUGCUGGCCAUCUCCUGGGUGCUGGGCCGCACGCUGGCCCUGCUCAUGUCCACCUUCUUCGUCCUCCGGCACCUGUGGCACCGGCUGUGGGCCCGCUGGGCCUACGGGCCCGCCCCGGCCAAGAAGCCGGCCGGCCUGCGGAGGGCCCAGGUCCGCACCUUCACACGGCUCAACGACGUGUGCGCCAUCUGCCUGGACGAGUACGAGGAGGGCGAGCAGCUCAAGAUCCUGCCCUGCUCCCACACCUACCACUGCAAGUGCAUCGACCCCUGGUUCUCCCAGGCCGCCCAGCGCGCCUGCCCCGUGUGCAAGCAGUCGGUGGCCGGCACCGAGGACAGCUCCGACUCCACCGUGGACAGCUUCUGCGACGAGGACCCGGCCCUGCGCGGCCGCCACGCCCCCAUCUGGGCCAUCCAGGCCCGGCUGCGCUCCCGGAGGCUGGAGCUGCUGGCCCGGGCCAGCCCGCACCACUCCUGCACGGUCAACACCGCCUUCGUGGGGGCGGCCGAGGCGGCCGAGUCCUCCGAGGGGCCCCCGGACCCGCUCUGA